CAGGGACCCUUCCAUGAAGACUGAGGCAGGCAGAGCUGCUGAGAGCCUGCUGACAUGACAUCAGCCACGGAGUUUGAAACCGGGGGCAACCAGCCUCCGUACAGCCGGAUCAAUGCCCGCUGGGAUGCCCCAGAUGAUGAGCUGGACAAUGACAACAGCUCAGCCAGGCUCUUUGAGAGGUCCCGGAUCAAGGCCUUAGCAGAUGAGCGGGAAGUUGUUCAGAAGAAGACCUUCACAAAAUGGGUGAACUCGCAUCUGGCCAGGGUGUCCUGCCGCAUCACUGACCUCUACAAGGACCUUCGGGAUGGUCGCAUGCUGAUUAAGUUGCUGGAGGUGCUCUCUGGAGAGAUGCUGCCCAAGCCCACGAAGGGGAAAAUGCGCAUCCACUGCCUGGAGAACGUGGACAAGGCCCUGCAGUUUCUCAAGGAGCAACGUGUGCACCUAGAGAACAUGGGAUCCCAUGAUAUUGUUGAUGGCAACCACCGCCUGGUCCUGGGUCUCAUCUGGACCAUCAUCCUUCGCUUCCAGAUCCAGGACAUUGUAGUGCAAACUCAGGAAGGCCAGGAGACACGCUCAGCCAAGGAUGCGUUGCUGUUAUGGUGCCAGAUGAAGACGGCAGGCUACCCCCAUGUCAAUGUCACCAACUUCACCUCCAGCUGGAAGGAUGGUCUGGCCUUCAAUGCCCUGAUUCAUAAGCACCGACCUGACCUGAUGGACUUUGACAAGCUGAAGGACUCCAAUGCCCGACACAACCUGGAGCAUGCUUUUGACGUCGCUGAGCGUCAGCUGGGCAUCAUCCCUCUCCUUGACCCUGAAGAUGUCUUCACAGAAAACCCUGACGAGAAAUCCAUCAUCACGUACGUGGUAGCAUUUUACCACUACUUCUCCAAAAUGAAGGUCCUGGCAGUGGAGGGCAAGCGUGUGGGCAAGGUGAUCGACCAUGCCAUUGAGACCGAGAAGAUGAUUGAGAAGUACAGUGGGCUGGCCUCGGACCUGCUCACCUGGAUCGAGCAGACCAUCACUGUCCUCAACAGCCGCAAGUUUGCCAACUCCCUGACCGGUGUCCAGCAGCAGCUACAGGCUUUCAGCACGUACCGCACUGUGGAGAAGCCACCCAAGUUUCAGGAGAAGGGAAAUCUGGAAGUCCUACUUUUUACUAUCCAGUCCCGGAUGAGAGCCAACAAUCAGAAAGUGUACACGCCACAUGAUGGGAAACUGGUGUCUGACAUCAACCGGGCCUGGGAAAGCCUAGAGGAAGCUGAGUAUCGGCGGGAACUGGCCCUGAGAAAUGAGCUCAUCCGGCAGGAGAAGCUGGAGCAGUUGGCGCGGCGCUUUGACCGAAAGGCUGCAAUGAGGGAGACGUGGCUCAAUGAAAACCAGCGUCUUGUGGCCCAGGAUAACUUUGGUUAUGACCUGGCGGCUGUGGAGGCCGCCAAGAAGAAGCAUGAGGCCAUUGAGACAGAUACGGCCGCCUAUGAGGAGCGCGUGAGGGCCCUGGAAGACCUGGCUCAGGAGCUGGAGAAGGAGACCUACCAUGACCAGAAGCGCAUCACGGCCCGCAAGGAUAACAUCCUGCGCCUGUGGAGCUACCUGCAAGAGCUGCUGCGGGCUCGGCGCCAGAGGCUUGAGAUGACCCUGACGCUGCAGAAGCUCUUCCAGGACAUGCUGCACAGCAUCGACUGGAUGGAUGAGAUCAAGGCUCACCUCUUGUCUGCGGAGUUUGGAAAGCACUUGUUGGAGGUAGAGGACUUGCUACAGAAACACAAGUUGAUGGAAGCCGACAUCGCCAUCCAAGGGGACAAAGUCAAGGCCAUCACCGAAGCCACCCUGCAGUUCACUGAAGGACAAGGGUACCAGCCUUGCGACCCCCAAGUCAUUCAGGACCGAGUCAGUCACCUGCAGCAGAGCUUCGAGGAGCUGAGCAACAUGGCAGCUGGUCGAAAGGCCCAGCUGCAGCAGUCCAAGAGGCUCUGGAAAUUCUUUUGGGAAAUGGAUGAGGCUGAGAGCUGGAUCAAGGAGAAGGAACAGAUCUAUUCCUCCCUGGACUACGGCAAGGACCUGACCAGUGUGCUCAUCCUACAGCGCAAGCAUAAGGCCUUUGAGGAUGAGCUUCACGGACUGGACACCCACCUGGAGCAGAUCUUCCAGGAGGCUGAGGGCAUGGUUGCACGUAAGCAGUUUGGACACCCACAGAUUGAGGCCCGCGUCAAGGAGGUGGUAGCCCAAUGGGACCAGUUGAAGGAGCUGGCUGCCUUUCGCAAGAAGAACCUCCAAGAUGCUGAGACCUUCUUCCAGUUCCAAGGUGAUGCUGAUGACCUGAAAGCCUGGCUGCAAGAUGCCCACCGGCUGCUCUCGGGCGAAGAUGUGGGCCAGGAUGAAGGGGCCACACGGGCCCUGGGGAAGAAGCACAAGGAAUUCCAGAAGGAGCUAGAAGAGAGCCAUGGAGUGAUGGAGCACCUGGAACAGCAGGCCCAAGGCUUCCCACAAGAGUUUCGGGAUUCCCCAGAUGUGACCAACCGGCUUCAGACCCUCCGGGAGCUCUACCAGCAGGUGGUGGCUCAGGCAGCUCUGCGUGGGCAGAAGCUACAGGAUGCCCUGGACCUGUACACAGUAUUUGGGGAGACAGACGCCUGCGAGCUAUGGAUGGGUGAGAAGGAGAAGUGGUUGGCCCAGAUGGAACUCCCGGACACCUUGGAGGACCUGGAGGUCGUGCAGCACAGGUUCGACAUCCUGGACCAGGAGAUGAUGAAUUUGAAGACUCAGAUUGAUGGCGUGAACCAGGCUGCCAACAGCCUGGUGGAAAGUGGCCACCCACGCAGUGAGGAAGUGAAGCAGUACCAGGACCACCUGAAUACCAGGUGGCAGGCCUUCAAGACCAUGGUGUUGAAGCAGCGGGAGGCUGUGGACUCAGCCCUCCGAGUGCACAACUACUGUCUGGACUGUGAGGAGACCAGCAAGUGGAUCGUGGACAAGACAAAGGUAGUAGAGUCCACAAAGGACCUGGGCAGGGACUUGGCAGGGGUCUUCGCCAUCCAGCGGAAGUUGUCAGGGCUGGAGCGUGAUGUGGCCGCCAUCCAGGCCCGUGUGGGCAACCUGGAGCAAGAGUCGCAGCAGCUGAUAGAGUCACAUCCCGAGCUGAAGGAGGACAUUGGCCAGCGACAAGCAUAUGUGGAAGAACUGUGGCAGGAUCUGCAGCGAGCCCUGCAAGGCCAGGAGGCCUCCCUGGGGAAAGCCAGCCAGUUGCAAACUUUCCUGAAGAAUCUGGAUGACUUCCAUGCCUGGCUGUCCAUGGCCCAGAAGGCCGUGGCCUCUGAGGACACACCCGAGUCACUGUCAGAGGCCGAGCAGCUCUUGCAGCAGCAUACAGCCAUCAAGGACGAGAUUGAUGGGCACCAUGAAAGCUACCAGCAAGUCAAAGCAUCUGGGGAGAAGGUGAUCCAGGGUCAGACGGAUCCAGAGUACCUGCUCCUGGGUCAGCGGCUGGAGGGCCUAGACACUGGCUGGAAUGCACUGUACCGGAUGUGGGAGAGCCGUGGCCGUUCCCUCGCUGAGUGCCUGGGCUUCCAGGAGUUCCAGAAGGAUGCCAAGCAGGCAGAAGCCAUCCUCAGCAACCAGGAAUACACACUGACUCACUUAGAGCCCCCAGAGUCCCUUGAAGCUGCAGAGGCUGGGAUCCAGAAGUUUGAAGAUUUCUUGGUGUCUAUGGAAAACAACCGAGAUAAAGUGUUAAGUCCUGUGAAGUCUGGAAACAAACUGGUAGCUGAGGGAAACUUCAACUCAGACAAGAUCAUGGAGAAAGUGCAGCUCAUUGAGGACAGGCACAGGAAGAAUGAAGAGAAAGCCCAGGAGGUCUUGGUUCUUCUGAAAGACAACUUGGCGCUACAGAACUUUCUCCAGAACUGCCAGGAGCUCACUCUCUGGAUCAAUGAUAAGCUGCUGACUUCCCAGGAUGUCUCCUAUGUUGAAUCGCGAAACCUUCACAACCAACAGCUAAAGCACGAGGCAUUUAAGAAAGACUUGGAGUCCCACCAAGGGUGGCUAGAUAAUAUUGAUGCUGAAGGAAAGCAGCUGAUGGAAGAGAAGCCCCAGUUUGUACCCAUGGUGUCCCAGAGGCUGGAAACCUUGCGCCAGCUCUGGGAUGAGCUUCAGGCCAUCACACAGAAGAAGGCACAACAACUGUCAGCUGCCCAGAGCUCCGACCAGCGCUUACAGAGCCAUGCUGACCUCAACAAGUGGAUCAGUGCCAUGGAGGAGCAGCUGCGGUCGGAUGAUCUGGGCAAGGAUCUGACCAGCGUCAACCGCAUGUUGGUGAAACUAAAGCGAGUGGAGGACCAAGUGAAUGUGCGGAAGGGAGAUGUGGAGAAGCUGUUUGCCCAGGUGCCCUCGGGAGAGGAGACAGAGGACACAGACGUGAGCAUCGAGAAGCGGUUUCUGGAUCUCCUGGAGCCCCUGGGGAAGAGGAAGAAGCAGCUGGAGUCAUCUAAAGCCAAGCUGCAGAUCAGCCGGGACAUAGAGGACGAGACGCUCUGGGUGGAAGAGAGGCUGCCGCUGGCCCAGUCAGCUGACUACGGCAUCAAUCUGCAAACUGUGCAGCUGUUCAUAAAGAAGAACCAGACGCUGCAGAACGAAAUCAUGGGUCACGAACCUCGGAUCAACACAGUGCUACAGAAUGGGCAUCAGCUGGUGGAAGAGGCCGGGACGGACUGGGGGGAUGUUGAGGAACGCCUGAAGCACCUGCAGGGCUCAUGGGACACACUGCGGGAGGCAGCAGCCGGGCGUCUGCAGCGUCUGCAGGACGCCAACGAGGCCCAGCAGUACUACCUGGACGCAGGCGAGGCGGAGGCCUGGAUCAGCGAGCAGGAGCUCUAUGUCAUCUCCUAUGAGACACCCAAGGAUGAAGAGGGCGCCGUUGUGAUGCUUAAGCGGCAUUUGCGGCAGCAGAACACUGUGGAGGAGUAUGGGAAGAACAUCAAGGAGCUGGCUGGCCGGGCCCAGAGUCUGCUGUCUGCAGGCCACCCAGAGGGGGAAGAGAUCAUCAGACUCCAGGGAAAAGUAGACAAGCAGUAUGCAGGACUGAAGGAUGUGGCAGAGGAACGUAGGCGGAAGCUGGACAACAUGUGCAAAAUGUUCCAGCUGAAGAGGGAAGCAGAUGACUUGGAGCAGUGGAUUACGGAGAAGGAGCUAGUGGCAUCUUCCCCAGAGAUGGGGCAGGACUUUGACCACGUUACUCUGCUCCGGGACAAGUUCCGAGACUUCGCUCGGGAGACUGGGACGAUCGGGCAGGAGCGGGUGGACAAGGUGAAUGCCACAAUCGAGAAGCUUAUCGACGAGGGCCAAGGGGACCAUGAGGAUGCGGCCACCAUCGCCGAGUGGAAGGACAGCCUGAACGAGAUGUGGGCCGACCUGCUGGAACUCAUUGACACGCGCAUGCAGCUACUGGCCGCCUCCUACGACUUGCACCGAUACUUCUACACGAGCACUGAGAUCCUGGGCCUUAUCGAGGAGAAGCACCGCGAGCUCCCUGAGGACGUGGGGCUGGACGCCAGCACGGCCGAGUCCUUCCACCGGGUGCACACUGCCUUUGAGCAGGAGCUCGGACAGCUGGGCAAGCAGGUACAGCAGUUCCAGGACGUGGCCACCUGCCUGCAGGCGAAGUACGCUGGGGAAAAGGCUGACACCAUCCAGGACAAGGAACAGGAGGUGUCUGCUGCGUGGAAGGCACUUCUCGAUGCCUGUGCUGGACGCCGAGACCAGCUGGUGGGCACAGCUGACAAAUUCCGUUUCUUCAGCAUGGUCCGGGACCUCCUCUCUUGGAUGGAGAGUGUCAUCCGGCAGAUCGAGACGCAGGAGAGACCCAGGGACGUCUCCUCUGUGGAACUGCUCAUGAAGUACCACCAGAGCAUCAAGGCAGAGAUGAAUACCCGGAGCAAGAACUUCAAUGCCUGCCUGGAGCUCGGCGAAUCUCUGCUGCAGCGGCAACACCAGGCUUCGGAGGAGAUCAGAGAGAAACUGCGGCAGGUGGAGUCCAAGCGGGAGGAGAUGAAUGAGAAGUGGGAAACCCGCUCGGAGCAGCUGAGUAUAUUGCUGGAGGUGUGCCAGUUCUCUCGGGACGCGUCUGUGGCCGAAGCAUGGCUGAUCGCCCAGGAGCCCUACCUGGCUAGCAGGGACUUUGGCCACACGGUGGACAGCGUGGAGAAGCUCAUGAAGAGGCACGCGGCAUUUGAAAAAUCCACAGCCAGUUGGGCAGAGCGCUUUGCAGCCCUGGAGAAGCCCACCAUGCUUGAGCUAAAGGAACGUCAAACCCCAGAGAGACCCACAGAGGAGCCUGGGGCUCACGAGGAGGAAGGCGAGACAGCCGGGGAGGCUCCCCGAGUUCCCCACCACGCAGCCACUGAGAGAACGUCCCCGGGGGAAGAAGAGAAGCCUAGGACUCAGGAUCUGCAGCUACGACCACCACCCGGGCAGCAGGAGGAAUGCCAGGAAGAGAAAUCCGGAGGGGACGGGAGGCCUACCACGGAGUCCCUCUUUAAAGUCCUGGACACACCGCUGAGUGAAGGCGAUGAACCCACGACACUGCCCGCCCAGCAGGACCAUGGGCGCAGCAUGCAGAUGGAGGGCUACUUGGGUCGCAAGCACGACCUGGAGGGUCCCAACAAGAAGGCGUCCAACAGGUCCUGGAACCACCUCUACUGUGUGCUCAGGAAUAGUGAGUUGACCUUCUACAAAGAUGCCAAGAACCUGGCCCUGGGGGUGCCCUAUCAUGGGGAAGAACCCCUGGCUCUUAGACACGCUGUCUGCGAGAUUGCUGCCAACUACAAGAAGAAGAAGCAUGUCUUCAAGCUGAGGCUGAGUAAUGGCAGCCAGUGGUUCUUCCAUGGCAAGGAUGAGGAGGAGAUGCUGUCCUGGCUGCAGGGCGUAAGCACCGCCAUCAACGAGUCUCAGAGCAUCCGUGUCAAGGCGCAGAGCCUGCCCCUUCCCUCCAUCCACGGCACCGACUCCAGCCUCGGCAAGAAAGACAAGGAGAAGAGAUUCAGCUUCUUCCCCAAGAAGAAGUAG